GAUCAUCUCGAUACACAGCGUGAAGAUUCUGAUCAGUUUGUAAAAAACGGAGGGAAAUGGAAGCCAGAGAUCAUUUGAACAAGUUCAAAGUUGGUUCUGUUCCGACCUUGUUCUACAUCCCGGACUUCAUAUCCGAUUCGGAUCAAAAACUUCUCUUAAAUCAUAUUUAUACAGCUCCAGUUUCGAAAUGGAAGUCUUUGAAAAAUAGGAGACUGCAAAAUUGGGGGGGGAUUGUCCAUGAAAAGGGUCUUUUGCCUCAAGAUUUACCUCCAUGGCUGACAAAAAUUACAGAGAGAAUUAAUGAGGAAUCGUGUCUAUAUCCUUCUGCAAUCAAUCAUGUCCUCAUCAACGAGUACCUUCCUAACCAAGGCAUAAUGCCUCACCAGGAUGGCCCAGCAUAUUUUCCGGUGGUGGCCAUUCUUUCACUAGGGUCACACGUUGUUAUGGACUUCACUCCCCAUUAUAGUUUAACAGGCAAUACAAGCAGUAUUGACGAUAGAGGUUCCGCAGAAGGAACUGAUGAUGAACAUUUACAAUACCACCAMCACCCUUUUUCUGUUGCAUUGAUGCCAGGCAGUCUAUUGAUAUUUAAAGACUCUGCGUACUCAGAUUACUUGCAUGGUAUAAAAGAUUGUGAAAUCCAGCAAUAUGAUAAGGCGGUGAACGCCACUGAAGUUUUACGACAACAAAGUGUGGUUGAAAGGCAUGAUGAGGAUUUGAAGGCCAUUCGAAGAUCUAGCACGAGGGUUUCGUUGACGUGUCGAGUAGUGUCUAAGGUUCACAGGAAUCUGUUCAAGUUUUAAAAUUGCUUUUGAGUAGUUCUUUUAGCUGUUUUGGUUGUGAUUUGAGGCUGAAAAAGUCGAUCUUGAAAGGUUUUAGUUCUGUUUAAUUCGAUCUCAAUUUGUUUC